GGCGGCAUUCCUCGGUAUUCUAAAGAGAAGAAGAACUAAUUGCCACUUUAAAAAGCCUAAAGAUAAAGAAUGUAGCUUGUUACAUUUCUCAAGUUUACCUGAAAAAGCAAGUAGACAGUCAGCCAUCAUGUCGCAGACGUUUCGAGAGAAGAUUGAAAAACGUCGCCGUGACAUGAGGGAGAACACCAUGGCCGACUCCACCCUGCUUGCUGAUACCAGCUCCGCCACACCAGGGAGGGGCAGCAGACAUGAUGAGGAUAUCUCUGCUGCUGAUGGUGGUGUAGAUGAUGUUGAAGAAAUGGCAGCCGAUCCAAUUGAAGAGAUACAGCAGGCAGAGUCCCUCAUGGAAAAGCUCACCCUUGACAGAGAAUCAAAGAAGAAGGAGCUGUUUCAAUCCCUGGAGCCCGCUGACGAAGAGCAGGAGAAGAAGAAGCCCAAACCCAAGCGAAGAACCCCUGCAGAGAUUCCCACCAUCCAAGAGACGGGAGAGGAGGAGGAUGAAGAACCAGAUGAAGAUACAAAGCCAAAGAAAAAGGAGAAAAGAAAAAGAAACAAAGCAGAUAUGGCAGCAGCUGUACUAGGAUCCAAGACCAGUGUGGAAACUGGUAAAGCGCCCUCUACGAUGAAUGCCACAAUCAGAGACAGAAUCAGGAAGAAGAUGGCUGAAGCAAAGGAGAAAGCUGAAGAAUCAAUGAAGGUUGAAGUGGCUAAUGACCCUAACAAAGACCUUCCAGCCAGGAGGCUCAGAGGCCUCAGAGCCAGGGACAAGGCUACAAGAUUCGACGAACCCUCACUGCUUACCAAAGAGGAGAUCGAGGAAGAUAAGAUGCUGAAUGAAUCCAUAAUCGCCAAGGAGAAAUGGAGAGAAGCAUUCAAGCAGGUCAAAGCCAAGCAAUCGGCUCUCCCAACUGAAGAAGAAGCCUUCAACUUCUUCACCCGCAACUUCGACCCGGAACCAGAAACGGCCGAGAUUAAAACAGAGCCCCUCUCCGACGACCAGCCAGGACCCAGCACUUCGAAGGGGGCUACAAAGAAACCGAGGGGCGAGGUCAUAGAGGAGGAGGGGGAGGAUGGGGAGGAUGGGGAGGGGAAGGAGAGCACACCCUUGCUGUCAGAGGUAUUCGUUGAUGGAGAUAUGUGGAAGUUACAACCGACGCAGCUGGUUCCUGCCGAGUAUGUACCUCUGGGGGUGAGGGAGAAGAAGGAGGAAGGUUACUUCUUUGUUCCGAGCAUCAAAACAGUGCCAUCUGAUCAGAAGGUUCCAGAGAACACCCAGCCAAGGUACUUAGAGGAUGAAGGUUUCUAUGUGGGUGUAAGGCCUGAUGUCUCUCAAAGGAACCAGAACAUCAUGGAGCAUCGUCUUCUGCAGAGAUCUGACAAGGGUAAAGGUUGGUUUGGUGAGGAUGGGCGCAUCGUGGCCCUACCAGACCCCGUGAAGGACACCCCUACCAGACCAAGGGUUAUACCAAACGAGGAGAGAGAUGCAGAACUACAGACUGUCUUUAGAAAGGCCAUGAUUUCGGACAUCACUAGCCAGGGAUUGGACUUCCAUUCCGGGGUCAGCGACGGUCAGUAUCAGAUCGACAUCGAUAUCAACACCCUGGUCUUCACCCACCAUCCGUACUUCAGUAAGGAGCAUGUGCUGGAGUCCAAGCUUCGGCAGCAGUACGAUCAGUACCUCAGGCGGAAGCAGAAAGAUAUGGCUCAGUAUCUCACCGAUAAGCUUCAAGCACUGAAGUCAGCAGUGAGCAGCCUCCAAGAACAGCUGAGCUCAGUGAACAUGCAAGAGACCAUUCAGAUGGACACAAUGCAAAAGGUCAAAGAUUAUAAGGUGGAAAUCAGACAAACAAGAAGGUUGAGGGAUUAUGAGCUACAGCACGACCGACAGCUGACGAAAGGAAUGCUAAAAACAUGGAGAGAUAUCAAGAAGCUCAGAGAGAAGGAUAACUGUAUCAAUACUGCAGUUAAACUCAGCAUCAGAAAGGAAGAAGCAAACGCACAUGAAGACGAGGCUGUUUGGAAGCGUGAGAUCGAGGACGAGAUCGAGGAGAUGAGGCAGAAUCAUGAUGAUGAUUACCAGAUGCAGAUGGACAGGUACCGAGCUGCUCUACAGGAGUGGAAGGACGGCAACAAAGCAAAGAAAAAGGGAAAGAAGAAAAAGAAGAAGAGCGGUUCUCGGGAGAAUUUGACAGAGUCAGGGCAGGAAGAGGAAGAUGGAGGUGAAGGGUCAGAGGUCGAGAAACCAAAGCCGAUCAAACCGUCAGCAAAGUUUGAUGAGGACGAGGCGAGGGAGCGUAUCAGAGAGAAGAUAGCACUAAUAAGACGUAAACCAGGAGAAACCAUCCUUCACCUUGAGCUGAGCAACACGGCCGUUAUCACUCCCACACCAGACUGCAGCAGACAAGAACAGCAGAGACGGAAUGAGAUGCAGAGAUACCGCUGUUUCAUCAAAGUCCUCAUCAACGAGAAAGAAGUCUCCAGAACUGCUACAAAAUCUAUGACUUCGGAUUUCACCAUGCACUUUGGUAACAUCUUCAAUGUUCAGAUUGUACACUGGCCUGAGACCAUCGUGAUUCAGUUGUUUGAGACUGGAGUUCUGAGUAGCAACCAUCUUGCAAACGUCUAUCUGAACGCGCCGAGCACACAGAUGACCUCUGAUAAAGUUCACGUUGACCAGUUUGAGUUCAGUAGUGACCAGAAAGUGGAAUUUGACCACAGUGCAGUGGGCAGUGGUAUCACAUUCUCCAUUGGUGAGGAAGAUGGUGCACAGAGUUUCAACCUGCUGACAUCAGGUAGCUUGUAUGCCAGCGUAGCUUGGGGUUUAGCUGACGAUGGCUUGCCCCUCAUACCGCCAGCCAUACCGUCAAACACCUAUGCGCUGAGCUCCAUGAAGGGGGUGGAUGCCUUGGCGGCCAUCGGUGCGACCGGUAUCAUUGAUGAUAAGAAGCUGGCUAAGUGGCUGAUGGAAGCGCGACUAGAUCCCAACGAUCCUGCCAACUCCUUCCUGCUGCAGAUGAUCAAGAAUGACAGAAACAAGAUUGAGACGAAGGACUACUUUCGCCUGGAGCAGCUCCAGCAGGAGUUUGACUUUGUGACGGACGAGGAGCUGGAGACCAACCGGAGAUUCAAGCUCCUCCAGCUGAGAGAGAAGGAGGUGGAGGAGUUCAGAAACUACAAGAUGGUGCCUGCGAUUGAGAAGGAGAUCGCUGAGACCUUCUUUGAGGAGUAUGAAAUGAAGCUGAAGAAAGAGGAAGAUGGGUUGGUUGAUGAAGACAUGGAUGCAAGGAGAGCUCAGGUUGCAAAGUUCAUAGCACAGAUUCGUAAGCGAGUGAUUCAGAGGUACCGAGCUGCUCAGCAUCGCUACACACUCCAGGACAUUGUCAAUGAGAGCUUGGUACCUGAUGUUAGUCUACUUGGAGACACCUUAGCGAAGCUGGUAGAGCCACGUCGCCCUCUCAAGCCUCAGCGCAAAGAGCGUAAGACGGUCACGGCGCAGAACCUCACCGCCCAGUCGGUCAAUCUCCUCAUCAACAUUGAAAGAGCGUUUGAAAUCCCAACAAGGAAACCGGAUCCUAAGCAGUCUGGUCAACAUGCAGAGGUGCGUCCAUUCGUUGAGGUUGUAUUCCAACAGACGACUAAACAGACCUGUGUCGCUGAAGGCGCCAAUCCCAAUUGGAACGAGGAGCUUGCUCUGCCAUUCAAGGCUCCCAAUAACGACUACUCCGCUAGCAAUCUGCAGACGGUUAAAGAUGAGAUCUACAUGAACCUGUUUGACGAGACGGUGAUUGAUCUGCUCCAGGACGACCGUGACAGGACGACCAACAUCCACCAGAGGCUGGAGAAGAGGUGGCUCGGAAGCCUCAGCAUACCCUUCUCAACGAUCUACUUCCAGGGCAAGGUGGCAGGUGCUAUUCGAGUGGAAGCCCCCUCCUCUCUGCUGGGGUACGAGAGGACCAGAGAGAGUGCAGGGAGGGGGGCAGCCAAUGCUACCUACCUCUCCGUCUUCAUCACCGUUGAGCCUCCUCUUGCCCCUCCAGAACUACUAAAGGAAAAGUUUGAAACCCUUGAAGAUGAUGAACUGUUGAACCAAGCUGAGCUUCUCCAGGCCCACGUCUCGGCAAAGUUCCCCACACGUCAGAUCACGCCUACAGUGAUCGACAUGAAUGGCAGCUCUGUCUUUGUGACCAGGUACUUCAGAGCCCUGGCGCCGCCGCCCGUCUUGAUUGAAGGGAGUGACCAGACUCAGAUUUGUGAGAGGAUAGCUCGGUUUGUAUCUCUCAUCCCGUCCAUCUCCGACAGUGUCCUGUUCCCAGGAGUCUGUAACAUCUGGAGUACAUGUCAGCAAUUCAUGCAGAUGUUGCAGGGUGACGAGGAGGAGCACGCCGUGCUCCUGGUCAACUACUUCCUCCAUCUCAACAAACGGGCGUGGCUGAUCCUGGGGAGGGCGAUCCCCGAGGGCCCCACGGCUUAUGCCCUCUCGGAGGAAGGGGACGGCCAGUACUGGAUAUGGAACCCUUCCACCGGGGAGCAUUACAAGGCUACCGAUAGCUUCUGCCCUCUCAAGGCUGUCGAUUGCCUCAUCAAUCAAGACAAUAUCUGGGCAAAUAUCCAGAUUCAAGAAGAGACAAGUCGACUCAAUUUUGAUGUCGGAAAGUCGACCGCUUGGAAACCUCUCUUCACCAGUAGCUUCCCCAAUCCAGGUCUCUCAAGCAUGCAGGAGGAAACGCUACGUUAUGAACAGACUGUACUGGACGAUGUGGUGGAUCUACAGAACAAGAUCGAGAAGAAGCUGCGUAACUGCAUCAUGGACUGGAGGCCGCGUCACAUCACCCGCUGGAACCGUCAUGUGAUCCACACGUUCAGAGAGAUCCUCAAGAAGCUGGAGAAGUCACCUGACCUGCUAGACAAUGACAACCCCACCCUCAAGACUAUCCUGGAAUCAUACAAUUUGUGUGGCUUCCCUCUCCACAUGUCGUACACUGACGUCAAGACCAUCGUGGACAAAGUUCAGAGUACGGGAGUCCACAAGAACGAGUCGAACAAUGUCGAGUUUGCACUUGCCGUCCACAUCCACCCCUACCCCAACCACAUCCUCUCUGUCUGGAUCUACCUAGCGUCCGUUACAAGAAGGAGAUGAUCAUAAUGUAGCGUACAAGCUCUUCAACACUCGCCCUGACAACACUUCAUUGCUUUGCUGCCAUAUUUUAAUACUGUUAAACCUUGUUAGUGAACAAUUUUAUAAUAAACUCUCAUUAUUUCAAAAUCUUGGCAUUUCCCUGUUGAGGCUCUACCUUACUAACCAAAUUUCUAUGUUCAACAAAGUAGAGUUUGCGCUAGCCAUCCAAAUAUACCCUUGCCCGAACAUAUGAUCGAUCUACCUAGCGUCUGUUACAAGAAGGGGAUGAUCGUAAUGUAGCGUACAAGUUCUUUAAAGCGGGACAGCUACUUGUAGCUAUUUGCGCCCUCUAUAUAGCAAACAAUGUCUGAGUGGUACCCGUUGGUCCCCCAUGAUCCCCUUUUUCCUUAUUCUAUAAAAGGGUAAAAUUAUAAUGAAGCUAUAAUGCCAAUGAAAUAGUAAAUCAGACCAUGUUCAACUUAUUCGUUGCAUUAGAUUGGAUUAUCUAUUUAUGCAAUUCAUAUGAAUUUCCCCCCAUCAUCAAUGAUGAGAACUUGGAGUGUAUUUCAGUAAGAAAGAAUCUUGACUUAUGUGAGAAUGUUUACUUUGAGAUCAUUCUAUUAAAACUUUUACUCACAGCAACGAA